AUGGUUACAAUUAUAUUGUUACAUUCGCAAGCUAAUUUUACUAUUCCCAACAGGAAUUUCUUCUCUCCCAACAUUUUACAAAUUCUUUUAUUUGAUCUAAGAGAUGCCGUCAUCGAAGCAUUCCAGGUUGCAGAUGAGCAAGGUGGUUCAAGUGAACAGGUAGUCAAUGACGAUGUCAUGCAAAUCCCGCCCGGUCGAGAGAAAACUUCCGGUGCUAUUUCGAACACCCAGGUAAUUGUAGAGAAUACCAAUAAAACGAAUUGCCCCGUAACGGGAACAAUGCCAAAAGGGCAUGCUGUUGGAGAUGGUGUAAAAAAUAAACCGGGUAGCGCUACGAGUGUCAGACGUAAUCCGCCGCGGAACGGUCGCGCGAAUCGGGUGUCAAGUUGUCAGUUGUGUGAUGAGCUAGAUAACGAAGAUAUGGUUCAGUGCGAUAGCUGCGAUAUGUGGUACCAUUUUGCAUGCGUGAAUGUGACGGCGGAAGUUCAAUACGUUGACUGGAAUUGUUUCAAGUGUGCUGCAGCAAGUAACAAGCAAGUGGCUCCCCCUGUAGAAAAUCCAAGCAAAGGAUCUUUAUGUCAGCCAGGUCCACCCCCAUCCCUGCGAAGUAAAGGUGGUGCACGGAGUGGGAAAAGUGAGGCGAGGAGAAGGUUGAAAUUGGAGUUGUUGAAGAUAGAGGAAAAAAAGAAGCUCGAGCAGAAGUAUUUGGAUAAGAAGUUUGAAGCGCUUCGUGAGUUCGGAAGUGAUACUGCUUCCGUCAUAAGCUAUUGCGGAGCGAGUAAAGAGUCGAAGAUCGUACAGUGGGUAGCGGAUACCGAACGUUGUGGGGAAGUGGAUUCCGGUUUAGAGCCUGAAGAGAGGGAAAGGUUUGUACCAAGCAACUUGUUGGAACCUGCAGAGCAUACUGCUCCAAAUCUCAGAGGGAAUCCUGAUGUUACCGGGUGCAAUCGUACUGUUCCUCGUGUCGUGGAUAAUAAUCCGACGUUAAGUGAUCCGCGUAUGUCUGCCCCUGCUCCAGUUCUCAGAGGGAAUCCUGAUGUUACCGGAUGCAAUCGUACGGUUUCUCGUGUCGUGGAUAAUAAUCCGACGUUGAGCGGUCCACGUAUGGUUACCCCCGCUCCAAAGCUCAGAGCGAAUCCUGAUGUUACCGAAUGCAAUUGUACUGUUCCUCGUGCCGUGGGUAAUCAUCCGACGUUGAGUGAUCCGCGUAUGUUUGCCCCAGGACAAAAGUCAACACCAAUGCGCUUGAGCCAACGAGCCCCAAUGCUUCCGCCCGCGCCACCAGUUGCUGAUGAAACGGUAUGCAUCCUAAACAGGAGUCAGCUUGCUGCAAGACAGGCAGUGUCUAAAGAUCUUCCCGACUUCAGCGGUAAUCCUGAAGAUUGGCCGCUCUUCUUUUCUGUUUUUAGUAACUCCACUCAUAUGUGCGGGUUUACGAAUGAAGAAAACAUGCUGCGACUCCGAAAGUGCCUGAAGGGAAGGGCCCUGGAAGCUGUCAAAUGCCGUCUGCUCCACCCGUCCAACGUCGGAGGUGUUAUGUCUACAUUAAGAAUGCUGUAUGGGAGACCGGAAGCAAUCGUGCAAGCAAUCGUCAAGAAGGUUCGGGCUUUACCGUCACCAAACAUCGAUAGGCUAGAGACUGUCGUCAAUUUCGCGCUCACAGUAGAGAACUUGGUCGCAACAAUCCUAGCUUGUGAAGUACACGACUUCGUGUACAACGCCUCGUUACGAUACGAAUUAGUAGAACGACUACCUUCGACACUGAAAUUAGACUGGGCUAAGUACUCCAGGGACAAACCCAAUCCUAAUCUGCUCGACUUCAGCUCGUGGUUAUACUCAACGGCAGAAGAUGCUAGUGCGGUAAUGCCCUCGGCAACCGAUUAUUCAAAGUCACGCUUCAGUAAGAAGGAUGGAUUCCUGAACGCUCACUCAGAAAUCGAGGUAGCUAGCUCCAAGUCGUACACGGUUCCGCCAACAACGAAGUCUGCUAGUGUCAGUGAAUCCGAGAAACAAUGUCCCGUGUGCAAAGGUGCUUGCCCGAACAUUUCGAAAUGUAAGCGCUUCGCGGAAUUAAGCUACGACGCGAGGUGGGCAGCGGUAAGAGAAUGCAAACGGUGCCGAAAGUGUUUGAGGAAACAUAACGGAUCAUGUAGGCAACAAAGACCAUGUGGUACAAACGGCUGCACAUUCCUGCACCAUCCCCUUCUUCACAGCGAUGAGCGACAGCAAGCCCGUGGCUUCGCAACGGACACGAUUGCUGAUAGAGCGAACGGCAAGACCUCUUAUCAAAAUUGUAAUACCCAUCAGGGUAAUUCAAAACUCCUAUUUCGGAUACUCCCGGUCAUUCUCUAUGGUCCGUCGAAAUCUGUUAAUGUAUACGCAUUUAUUGACGACGGAUCCGAUAUCUCGUUGAUGGAACAGAAGCUGGCAGAAGAGUUGGGAGUAACCGGUUCAUCGAAGUCGUUGUGUCUCGGUUGGACAGGAGGUGCGCACCGAAUGGAGACUUCAUCAGAGUGUAUGAAUUUACAAAUCUCCAGCUGCAGAAAUCGGAAGCUGUACAAACUGACAUCCGUACAUACCGUAGAAAGUCUUAAAAUACGUCCGCAGUCACUUCAGUAUUCCGAGAUGCAAGUUAGGUACCCAUACCUUGCUGGCCUACCAGUUGAGUCGUACAAGAACGUCUGCCCUCAGAUCCUGAUAGGCGUCGAUAACCUUAGUGUCGGAAACAUACAGAACGCUCGAGAAGGACGAGCUGACGAACCAGUUGCCGUUAAGAUGCGAAUAGGAUGGACAGUAUUCGGAAGAUGUGGGUCCGGAAGCGAAAUGGUACAGUCCAUUAACCACCAUUCCGUUAAGGUCUGUCAGUGCAACAAAGACUCCGAUGAAGACCUUCACCAAACCGUAAAAGGUUUUUUCUCGCUGGACAGUCUCGGAAUCAGUAAACCAGAAAAAAUGCUCCAGUCACAAGAAGAUCGUCGUGCAGAGAUGCUGCUUGAAACGCUAACGAAAGCGAAAGAUGGGAGGUAUGAAUCUGGACUUCUCUGGAAGUACGACAAUGUCUGCCUUCCGGACAGUAAAGGAAUGGCUCUGAAGAGAUGGCAGUGCCUAGACCGACGAAUGAAACAGGAUACGGUGCUGGCAAAGGCAGUGAGAGAAAAGAUAGAAGAUCACGUACAAAAGGGAUACAUUCGAAAGCUGACUGAAGAGGAGAUCCAGGCCGAACAACAUCGUGUGUGGUAUUUACCCAUAUUCCCGGAAGUAAACCCAAACAAACCUGGGAAGACAAGGCUCGUAUGGGAUGCAGCCGCAGCCGUCCAUGGUGUUUCACUUAAUUCUGUACUGCUAAAAGGUCCAGACCUACUCACGUCUCUGCUGUCGGUCUUGAUCCAGUUUCGCAAGUAUCGUACUGCCGUUUGCGGUGACAUUCGGGAAAUGUAUCACCAAGUUCAGAUACGAGAGGAAGAUCAGCACUGCCAGCGCUUUUUCUGGAAGGACAAGGAGUCCGACGUGAACCCUAGCACAUAUAUAGUACAGGUAAUGACCUUUGGAGCCUGCUGCUCGCCGAGUACCGCACAAUAUGUGAAAAACACGCAUGCGAAGAGAUUCGAGCAGGAAUACCCCGCAGCCGUUGAGACGAUAGUCAAACGACACUACGUCGACGACAUGUUAUUGAGUGUGGAAAGGGAAUUACAAGCAAUCCAACUAUCUAAGGAAGUGCGAAUGAUACACGCAUCAGCCGGUUUCGAGAUCCGCAAUUGGACAUCGAAUUCACCGGCGGUCCUGCACGCGAUGCUUGAGACGACGGCAGGGGAGAAGAAUCUAAGCGGCGAGAAUUCAGUCGAGAAGAUCCUCGGCGACGAUAACGAUAUCCAGCUACAUAUAUUCGUGGACGCAAGCGAAACUGGCUAUGCUGCCGUGGCUUAUUUGCGAUUCCAGGAAGGAAAUACCAUCGAAUGUGCGCUAGUAGCUUCCAGGACCAAAGUUUCGCCACUCAGGUUCCUCUCCAUUCCUCGUUCCGAGCUUCAAGCUGCAACUAUCGGUGUCCGACUCGCUGACACAAUCUGCCAAUCGCUGUCCUUCCAGGUGAAACAACGAAUGUUCUGGACGGAUUCGAAGGACGUAAUCUACUGGCUAAACUCCGACCAUCGGCGAUACACUCAGAACGUCGCAUUCAGAGUUAGCGAGAUUCUGGAAGGAUCUGAUAUGCGGGAGUGGAAUUGGAUUCCGAGCAAACUGAACGUCGCGGACGAAGGCACCAAGUGGAAAGGCCACCCGGAUUUGACCUCUUCUAGUCGUUGGUUUCGGGGACCAGAGUUCCUGUGGAAAACGCCAGACCUUUGGCCCAUCUCAAAGGUUUACAUAGAAAACACCACCGAAGAACUUCGCCCUCAUCUCUUGUACCACACCACCAGAGUUGUUGAAACGGUAAUAAAUCUGAGUCGUUUUUCCGAUUGGCGAAAGCUGCUACGCUGUACUGCUCGCGUCCUCCGUUACGUGCGUAAUCUGAAGCUCUACACACAAAAGAAGAUGCGAAAGGAUGGCCCGCUACGAAAAGACGAACUUGCCGAUGCCGAGUGCUAUUUAUUUCGUACAGCGCAGGCGGUCUACGUUGACGAAAUCACCAUGCUCUCAAAAAACCAAAAUUCGGAGAACCCUGACAAGAACAUACCCAAAACCAGUCCACUUUACCACCAGUGCGUCUUCCUUGAUAACAGCAAUCUGCUUAGAAUACGAGGCCGAACACGUGCCUGUCCUUUCGUCACCAGGGACGCUGCUCAACCAAUAGUGCUCCCUCGCGAACACACAAUCACCCGGCUCCUUCUGCUCGGCUUUCACAAACGAUUCAAACACCAGAACCAUCAAACCAUACUGAACGAAGUAAGACAGCGGUUCCGUAUCCCCAAAUUGAAAGCCACUUACAACAAUGUCCGCAAAGAGUGUCAAGAAUGCAAAAACAACCACGCGGUUCCCCAGCCUCCGGCAAUGAGUGAUCUACCAUCACAAAGACUCGCUGCGUUUACCCGACCGUUCACCUACGUAGGGGUGGACUAUUUCGGCCCUAUGACAGUAACCGUAGGAAGACGGUCCGAAAAACGGUGGGGAGUCUUAGCAACAUGCCUCACAAUACGCGCUAUCCACAUAGAAUUAGCUCACACACUGACGACCGAUUCGUGCAUCCUAGCAAUCCGUAAAUUCAUGGCCAGGAGAGGCGUGCCAUCCGUCAUCUUCAGCGAUCGAGGCACCAACUUCCAAGGGAGCAGCAAAGAGCUUCGGGAGGCUUUGAAGAGCAUCAACCAAGAACAGCUCAUCAAAGAGUUCACGACACCCGACACGGAAUGGACUUUCAUCCCACCGGCUUCCCCGCACAUGGGCGGCGCAUGGGAACGCAUGAUCCAGAGCGUGAAGUUAAAUCUGGAUAAACUGAAAUGGGGAAGGCUUCCAACUGACGAAGUCCUACACAGUACGCUUCUGGAGAUCGAGAACAUAAUAAAUUCACGACCACUAACCACCAUUCCCAUGGACAAUGACGAAUCACCAGUACUCACGCCUAACCAUUUUCUGCUGGGUUCAUCAAAUGGACUGAAACCGCUGGUACCUUACAAUGCUACUCCCACGAUGCUUCGAAACAGCUGGAAACAGCCACAAGUUGUGGCCAACGAAUUCUGGCGAUGGUGGUUGAGAGAUUAUCUGCCUGUAAUCACCAGACGUACGAAAUGGUUCAUGAACGUGAAACCGAUCGAGGUAGACGAUAUUGUGCUAAUCGCAGAUCCUAAGGCUCCUCGUAAUAGCUGGCCCUUAGGACGAGUCAUCGCAACUAGACCAGGACGAGAUGGACAAGUGAGAAGCGCUACCGUGCAAACCAACAAAGGCAUCUACGAACGACCUGCGGUGAAACUCGCCGUGCUCGACGUAGGCGUUAGGGAUCAACACGCCUUCGGAAGACCUUCUGCGUAUUCGAGGGGGAGUGUAAGCUCGCCCGUCGAUCAGUCAACCCCUCGUUUCACCGCUACGACGUAG